AUGUCUUCUCAAGAACAUUUAAUAUUGCCAAUAUAUUCAAUAUCACCGACGCCUUCAAUAGAAGAAGUCUCUUGGGCACUACAAGAAAACUCUGUUUCUAGUUCUGCUUUAUCUAGUAAUGACAUAAAUAAUAAAACUAGCAGAGCUAAUUUGCAGGCCACAGAUUUAAUUUAUGGAUCGUCAUUAGAAAGUUCAGAUGAAGAUACAAGCAUUAGCAGUGGUAAUAAAGGUAGUAUACCAUCAGCUAGAAAUAGGAAACAGUGGCAUAUCCCUAAUGAAGUAGGAUUAAAAGCUUCUAUGUUGGAUCUGCAAAUAUUAAAGUUACUUCCAUUUGCGACUAAUGAGGAAUGUAAAAACACAGAGUCACAACUUUAUGAAAAAUUAUUAGUAUUAGAAGCUCAAUUUAAUCAGAAUAAUGAUAAUUUAGGUGCUGCUAUUACUGUAGAGAAGGAGAAAUAUGAUUCUUUAAGUGCCGAAUUAUGGGGCUUGUUUGCAAUACCCAAUUCAAAAGCUGUUGCUGAAGAUGAGCUAACAUGA